AUGGGCCAAACCCUCUCGGAGCCCGUUGUCGAAAAGACUUCCGAAAAGGGCGAAGAUGACAGACUCAUCUACGGCGUGUCCGCCAUGCAAGGCUGGCGCAUCAGCAUGGAAGACGCUCACACGGCUGAGCUGAAUCUGCCCCCACCUGACAACGACACCAAGACGCACCCCGACAGGCUGUCCUUUUUCGGAGUCUUUGACGGACACGGAGGAGACAAAGUAGCGUUAUUCGCAGGCGAGAACAUUCACAACAUUGUUUUCAAGCAGGACAGCUUCAAAGCCGGUGAUUAUGCUCAGGGCCUCAAGGACGGCUUCCUCGCUACGGAUCGGGCUAUCCUCAACGACCCCAAAUACGAAGAGGAGGUCUCUGGCUGCACUGCCUGUGUCACCCUGAUUGCCGGCAACAAACUAUAUGUCGCCAACGCCGGUGACUCUCGAAGCGUGCUGGGCAUCAAGGGACGAGCUAAACCCCUGUCCAACGACCACAAGCCUCAGCUUGAAACGGAGAAGAACCGAAUCACAGCCGCUGGCGGUUUCGUCGACUUUGGCCGAGUCAACGGCAAUCUGGCGCUGUCGCGUGCCAUUGGCGACUUCGAAUUCAAGAAGAGCGCCGAGCUUUCCCCCGAAAACCAGAUCGUUACCGCCUUUCCCGAUGUCGAAGUGCACGAGCUUACGGAGGAAGACGAGUUCCUUGUGAUUGCCUGUGACGGCAUCUGGGAUUGCCAAUCCUCCCAGGCCGUUAUCGAGUUUGUGCGACGAGGCAUCGCUGCCAAGCAGGACCUCGACAAGAUCUGCGAGAACAUGAUGGACAACUGCCUGGCGUCCAACUCAGAAACGGGUGGUGUCGGCUGCGACAACAUGACCAUGGUCAUCAUCGGCUUCUUGCACGGCAAGACCAAGGAGGAGUGGUAUGACGAAAUUGCCAAGAGAGUGGCCAAUGGAGACGGCCCCUGUGCCCCCCCGGAAUAUGCCGAGUUCCGCGGUCCCGGCGUCCACCACAACUACGAAGACAGCGACAGCGGUUACGACGUCGACGCCGACAGCGGCGGCAAGUUUAGCCUUGCGGGAUCCCGGGGUCGCAUCAUCUUCCUUGGCGAUGGCACCGAAGUCUUGACGGGCUCUGACGACACGGAGAUGUUUGAUAACGCUGACGAGGACAAGGACCUUGCGAGCCAGGUGCCCAAGAGCUCCGGCAAGACCGAUGCGAAGGAGGAGACAGAGGCCAAGCCGGCACCCGAGGCAGAGUCCAAACCUGCGGAAGGGUCGGAGAAGAAGCAAGACGAAAAGACACCCGAGGAGAGUAAGAAGGAUUAG